AGUAGUUAUUCUGACAAAAUAAUCGAUUCAUUAUUGCAAUCAUCAAAACAAUAAAUAAUAAUGGACAGAAGUUAUUAUCUUGGUCUGGAGUUUCAGAAUAUUUGGAGAGAUGUUGUUAGAAGAGAAAAAUGGAAUAGAUUAGUAUGGCAAAUGCGAUAUGCUCCUUAUUUUUCCAAUAUCUCGUAUGGAUUCGUGAAACAACCCGAAAAUAAUUACCGGUCGGAUUUUCUAUACGAAAGCGAACUUAAUCACUUACCAGUCGAUGAAUCUGAUAAUAAUUCUGAAACUAUCCCGAUCUACCAGGCUAAAUGCAGCGUACCGUUAAAACCAGAUGCAAAAUGGUACGAAAUUGCACCAUCCGCAGAUCAAAGAUGGACAAACAUCUGUCCUCAAUACAAAGCUAUAAAAAUUCGACCUGAAGAAUUGACAUUUAAUCCGACUACAGAAAUUUGCCAUAAGUCUCGCCUUGAUUGUAAACACGAACAACCGAUCUCAUUUGACAGAAAAGAAUUUCCAAAUUAUUUUAAUUGUGCUGAUUUUAAAUAUAAGAAUCUGAUGUUAAGACAGCCUACUCGUAGAUGUAACGAGCAUAAUUACGAGACCCCUCCUGGAAUUCAAAAUACAUCUCCCCAUGACAAAGUUCUGAUGAAAGAUGACCCGAUGCCACUCUCAUUUAACAGAAUGACAUAUGCUGCAGCUCGUUCACGUGAUUAUAAUUUAGAAAUGAUGCGAAGAGAAAACAUCUUCAGUGACUCGAAAUAAAUAUGGAAAAAAUUUAGAUUUGUACAAAAUAUACGUAAACUAAAUUAAAAUUCGAUGCAUCAUUCGUAUUUUUAGUAUAUUUAAUGAAAGAGCUAAGACAUAUUGCAAAAUAGGAAGCAUGAUGGAAUAUGAUAUAUUUGAAAAUAUAAAUACAAAUCGACAUUCUAUCAAUCAUAUCACGUGAUUUACUGUCAAUAUGUGACGUCAGAAUCACGUGAAGUUCUAUCAAGUUUGUAAAGCAAGUUAACAUUCCUUUACAGGUAGAGACUUUCAAGACUUGUCACUUCGAUAAGAACUGGCAUAUAAAAUCUCACUAAGAUACAAAAUAAUUGGUUAUUGAGAGUUGAGAGACUUAAAACAUUAAAUCGUGUGACUGUUAUCGCACAAUCUAGUGUUUUAAGUAUUAUACCUAUUCAAAAUUCAAAUAUUUAUUUCAUAAACAGCACAAAACAGGUCAAUACUCAGUAAUGCAAUAAAAAAAAA